CCCAGUGUCCCUCCGCGAGCUGCGUAAGAGCCAGUCGCGGGGCGUCUCUCCUCGCAGCACGACGCACCGCCUCUCAGGGCAGAGCGCGAGACGAUGGCGAAUCCGAAAAGUAUAGACGACAUAAACGCCAUGGACUACGAAGAGUUCAUAAGCCACUUCGGAAAUGCAAUCGAAAACUGCUCGCUGAUCGCCGCCGCGGUGUGGAGGUUCCGACCCUUUGAAGAUGUGGUCCACCUUCACGAGGCGCUGUGUUCCUUCGUGGAUGGCCUACCUGUCUCGGGUAAAGUAUGGAGUCGUUGCCAAGUGGCUUCCGCUCGUCGUCUGGGCCAGUUUGCCCGGAUCUCUGAUCAGGGGAUUAAGUUGCCUCGACACGCACGCACACGCCCUUACACUAUCACACUAACAUGGGCUUGGCAGGAAGGCAUCCUCCGCUCGCACCCUGAUCUGGCCGGCGUGCGGCGGCGGGGCGCCCUCACCGCCGAGUCGACCUUGGAGCAACGGGCAGCGGGUCUCUCUCAGCUGACGGCGGAGGAGAAGGCGGAGCUGGCGGAGCUGAAUGGCAGGUACCGUGGCAAGUUCGGAUUCCCCUUCGUGGUGUGCGCGAGACAGAACAAGAAGAACAGCAUUUUCGAAGGCCUCCGCACCCGCCUCAACAACUCGGCCGAGGAGGAAGUGGCCAAGGGCGUGCAGGAGGUGAAGAAAAUAUGCUACCUGCGUCUGUUGGAUCUGGUGAUGCACGAGGGCAUCGACAGUAAAUAUUAGAGCACAAGACCGGCUUUUUUUCUGAAACUUUUGUGAAAUUUAUCAUGAGACUUUUGUGAACUAUAUUGUAAGUGUCUGAGCGUAAUAAAGGAUCUUCUUGCAUGU